AUGAAGUUCCAAUCUCUCUGCAUGUCUCUCUUCUGCGCCGCCACGCUGGCGGCUGCGCUUCCCGUCGAGCCUUCCGCGGAGUCUGCGCCUCAGCCCUGCAUUCCCGCCGAGUUGGCGAAGGUUCUCACCUCUGUGCCGAAAGACUCACCCUUGUAUUGUAAGGGUGAUUCUCAGCCUGAAAAGCGCGACGGCGAGCCUUCCAUUGAGGAGUGCGGGGAUGCGCUGAAGGCUUACGAUGCCGGGGAAGAAGAUGAAGCAUCUGUCGGGGACCUACUGGAUGCUUGUGAGGCAGCAUACGGACCGCCUGGGAAUAAAAAGCGCCAGGCGAAAGAACCAUCCAUCCUGAGCGGAACCGUUGGCAGUGUUAUCGGCGAUGUUAGCCGCGUUGCCGGGCGUUGA